AUGAAUGAGAACGUUCACAUUGUGUUUGUCCUCAACGGUCUGAACGACUCGCUGACCAACCGUCGGAUCUACUUUGGUCUCACACUGACGUCGUACCUCUUCACCAUCUUUGUGAACCUCACCCUCAUCCUCACUGUGUGUCUGGAUAAAACCCUCCACCAGCCGAUGUACGUCUUCAUGUGCAACCUGUGCUUCACUGGGAUCUGCGGAGCGUCCAGCUUCUACCUGAAGCUGCUCAGCGACCUUCUGGCUGACGCUCAUGUCAUCACAUACGCCGGCUGCUUGACUCAGAUGUUCAUCUCUUACACUUAUAUCUUCUGCCAGCUCAACGGUCUGACCAUCAUGGCCUACGACCGCUACCUGGCCAUCUGCCAGCCGCUGCGUUACUGGGCUCUGAUGACUGGCCAGAAGGUGGCGCUGCUGCUGCUGCUCACCUGGUGUCUCUCAUUAGUGGAAACAGCUGUGGGCCUCGCCCUGAUCGCCAUGCUGCCUCUCUGCAGCCGCCACAUUGCCAGAAUUUUCUGCACUAGCUGGGAGGUGGUGAAGCUGUCCUGCUCUGACACCUCCGCCAACAAUCUGUACGGCAUCAUGUUAAUGAUCCUGCACUUGGUGCAGGUCAUAGUGAUCCUAGUGUCGUAUGUCCAUCUGGUCCGAUCCGCCGCUCGCUCUCAGGAACACCGGAGAAAGUUUGCUCAGACCUGCCUGCCCCACCUCGUCUCUCUGCUCGUCUUCUCCGCCUCUCUGCUGUUCGAUGCUCUGUACUCUCGUUAUGGCGGCGGCUCCAUGGCGGCGCUGCAGAACGCACUGGCUGCAGAGUUUCUCGUGGUGCCGCCCAUCGUCAACCCCAUCAUCUAUGGCAUGAACCUGAAGCAGAUCAGGACCAGAAUCAGCCUCUGGAUCAACUUCAGACCACAGAACCUUCAUAGAGAUUUAUUAAAAUAA